AUGAAUUCAAUAGAAGAUGGAAAAGCCGCACUUCAUAUUGCAGCAUAUCAUAAUAGCAAAGAAAUAACCGAACUUCUUAUUUCACAUGGUGCAAACAUCAAUGAAAAAGAUAGAAAUGGAGAAGCUGCACUUCAUAUUGCAGCACGUGAAAAUAGUAAAGAAACCUUCGAAGUUCUUAUUUCACAUGGUGCAAAUAUCGACAAAAAAAGAACUAAUAAUUGA